AUAUCCAAAGUUUGACUGGACCCGAGAAUUGAGAAAAGAGAGAUGGGGGGCACAUCACUCCCUCAAUUUACUCUCUCUUCUCCACCAACUUGUCCUUGUAUUCUAUAUUCUUUUGUAUUUCUGUCUCACUUUAGCUUCCUCUAAAAAGCAUCAUCCCCUCUCUCUCCCACCGCCUCUCUCUCUCUCUCUAGAACCCAUUUUUUCUUUUUCCCCCUUUCCUUUUUUUUGUUUGUUUGUUUCUUUUUUUCCUCUGUUUCUUUGGGCUUCUUCUUCCCCUUCUGAUUCUGCAGUCUGCAGACUUGUGACUUGUGAGUGUCACAUUCACAUAAACAGUUGAAGGUUCAGUUCUUUCUGUGCCUUCUGGGUUCCUAGUAUUAUCAGUCGAAGUCCCAUCAAAGACAGAAAAUUAAGGAACUGAAUGCUGGCUAUCGUUGUAUUUGAUUGGAGUAUUAUCAUAGCCGACAUCUCUGAACAUCGUACUCUGUCACACUCCGAGCUUCCAAGCAAAAAUGGGUGGAAAGAUUGAAGCUUUUAGUUAGCCCAGAUCUGAAAGAUGAGAGCUUUUGGUUCAGAUGAAUGAGUUGUGCUGCUCAGGUGUUGAAUAGUCCCCAGAAAGAUUCUUAUUGAAACUUUGAAAGCAAAACAACAAAAUGAAGAGGGAAUAGAUCAUCAGAAGAUGAUGGGUUUGUUCUGUUUUCUGGUUCUGCUUCUUUUUCACUCUCUAAAUUUCUCUUCAGCUGCUUCUAAUGAGGAUGUGGUGAAGAAGCUUUUGUUGCAGUUCAAGCAAUCCUCUGUUCAAUCUGACCCUCAAGGUUUCUUAUCUGACUGGAAAUCUGAUUCUUCAACAGCUCUUUGUUCAUGGAAAGGCCUGACUUGCUCUGAAGGCCACGUCAUCACCCUCGACCUCUCAAAUUCUGGUCUCAUUGGAAGUCUUCACCUUCCAACUCUCACAGCCUUGCCGAGUCUUCAAAAUCUGUACUUGCAAAACAAUUCAUUCUCUGCUUUUGAUCUUUCAGUUUCCAACAUUACCUCAUGUAGUCUUGUUAUAGUUGACUUGUCCUCCAACAACAUCACAAGCCCUCUUCCGGUUCGGUCCUUUCUUGAGGGUUGUGAGAAUCUGGCUUUGGUCAACCUCUCUGGCAAUUCAAUCCCAGGAGGGAGUCUCAGCUUUGGUGCUUCUUUGCUUCAGCUUGACAUCUCUAGAAACCUGAUUUCGGAUUCAUCCUUGUUGACUUGCCAGAAUCUGAAUCUGUUCAAUGUUUCUGGUAACAAGCUGACCGGAAAACUGAGUGGUUCUAUCUUGUCUUGCAAGAAUUUGACAACACUUGACCUUUCAUACAAUGCUUUGUCUGGGGAGAUACCAAACACUUUCCUGGAAAGCGCCUCGGCAUCUCUCAAGUAUUUGGAUCUCUCAAGCAACAAUUUCACCGGAAAGUUUGCAAGCCUUGAUUUCGGGCAGUGUAGCAGCCUCACUUUGCUGAAGCUAUCACACAAUAAUCUCUAUGGGGAUGAGUUUCCUUCAAGCCUUGCUAACUGUCAAGCUUUGGAGACACUGAACCUGACUAGUAAUAAGUUGCAGGACAAGAUUCCGGGUGCUUUGUUGGGAAAUCUCAAGAAGUUGAGGCAACUCUUUCUGGGUCGUAAUCAGUUUUCAGGUGAAAUUCCAGCUGAAUUAGGAAAGGCUUGUGGGACACUUCAGGAGCUUGAUAUUUCCGAUAACAUUCUUACUGGUGAAUUGCCUUCAAAUUUUGUGUCAUGCUCUUCUUUGGUUAGUCUCAAUCUUGGUCGCAAUCAGCUCUCAGGAAAUUUCCUCAGUACUGUUGUGAGUAAGCUUCCGAGUUUGAGAUAUCUCUAUGUACCCUUCAACAACAUCACUGGUCCUGUGCCACCAUCUAUUACCAAUGGUACUCGGCUUCAAGUGCUCGAUCUCAGCGCUAAUCUCUUCAUAGGGAAUGUUCCUUCAGUGUUUUGCUUCUCCAAUGCUCCCUCAGCUUUGGAAAAGAUACUUCUAGCCAACAAUUUUCUCUCCGGGACUGUGCCAUCGGAACUUGGAAACUGCAAGAGCCUGAAGGUUAUUGAUCUGAGUUUCAACAGUUUGAGUGGUGCAAUUCCUUUAGAAAUUUGGACAUUGCCAAAUCUUUCCGACUUGGUUAUGUGGGCAAACAAUCUCACUGGUGAAAUCCCGGAAGGCAUUUGCAUCAAUGGAGGAAACCUGGAAACCCUGAUUCUCAACAAUAAUCUCAUUACUGGAGCCAUUCCACAGUCCAUUGGUAGAUGCACCAAUAUGAUUUGGGUGUCACUAUCUAGCAACCGGCUUACAGGAGCAAUCCCUUCAGGUAUUGGAAAUCUUCUUAAGCUUGCUAUACUCCAGUUGGGUAAUAAUUCACUGUCUGGUCAGAUUCCAGCUGAGCUUGGCAAGUGUCAAAGCCUCAUUUGGCUUGACCUGAACAGCAAUGACCUAAAUGGUUCUAUCCCAUCAGAGCUUGCUAACCAGGCCGGCCUAGUCAAUCCUGGAAUAGUUUCUGGGAAGCAGUUUGCAUUUGUUAGAAAUGAGGGUGGUACAGCUUGCAGGGGUGCAGGAGGACUAGUUGAGUUUGAGGGAGUCCGACCUCAGAGACUCGAAAAUUUACCUAUGGUUCAUUCUUGUCCAUCAACUAGAAUUUACACAGGAAUGACAGUUUACACAUUCACCAGCAAUGGAAGCAUGAUCUUCCUUGACAUUUCCUACAAUUACUUGUCUGGGACUAUUCCCGCAAACUUAGGUACACUGUCCUAUUUGCAAGUCUUCAAUCUAGGACACAAUAUGUUAAGUGGAAAUAUUCCAGAAAGCUUUGGAGGAUUAAAAGCAAUUGGAGUCCUGGAUCUCUCUCACAAUAAUCUUCAAGGUUAUAUCCCAGGAUCUUUGGGGACUCUCUCUUUCCUGAGUGACCUUGAUGUGUCUAACAACAACCUCACGGGCAUUGUCCCUUCCGGAGGUCAGCUGACAACUUUCCCAGCAUCCAGAUAUGAGAACAACUCUGGCCUUUGUGGGUUACCCCUGCCACCGUGUGGCCCUCAAAGACAUUCAGCAGAGAGAGUUAGGGGAAAGAAGCCAUCUAUGGCUUCAGGAAUGGUUAUUGGCAUUGCAUUCUUUCUCUUCUGUAUCCUUAUACUUGCAUUAGCUCUAUAUCGAGUGAAGAAGUACCAGCGGAAAGAGGCGAAGAGAGAAAAAUAUAUUGAAAGCCUUCCGACUUCAGGUAGCAGCAGCUGGAAACUUUCCAGUGUUCCUGAGCCUCUCAGCAUCAACGUAGCCACAUUUGAAAAACCUUUGCGGAAGCUGACCUUCGCCCAUUUACUUGAAGCCACCAAUGGUUUCAGUGCUGAUAGCUUGAUUGGUUCUGGAGGGUUUGGUGAGGUCUACAAGGCACAAUUGGGAGAUGGCUGUGUUGUUGCAAUCAAGAAGCUUAUUCAAGUCACAGGUCAAGGAGACCGAGAGUUUAUGGCAGAAAUGGAAACUAUUGGGAAAAUCAAACACCGAAACCUGGUUCCUUUGCUGGGGUACUGCAAGGUUGGAGAGGAGAGACUUCUUGUGUAUGAGUACAUGAAAUGGGGAAGUCUGGAGAGUGUUUUUCACGAUAAGAUUAAGGGAGGGGGCUCAAGGCUUGACUGGGCAGCACGAAAGAAGAUUGCCAUAGGGUCUGCUAGAGGUCUAGCAUUCCUUCACCAUAGCUGCAUACCUCAUAUUAUCCACCGGGACAUGAAGUCUAGCAAUGUUCUUAUAGAUGAAAACUUUGAGGCCAGAGUAUCGGAUUUUGGCAUGGCAAGAUUGGUCAAUGCCCUCGAUACUCAUCUCAGUGUGAGCACCCUAGCAGGAACUCCAGGUUACGUGCCCCCCGAGUACUACCAGAGUUUUCGAUGCACAACAAAAGGAGAUGUCUACAGUUAUGGUGUUAUACUGCUAGAGCUUCUCUCAGGAAAAAGGCCUAUAGACCCGUCAGCAUUUGGUGAUGACAACAACCUUGUUGGAUGGGCAAAGCAGCUUCAAAGAGAAAAGAGAUGGAAUGAGAUACUCGACACUGAGUUGAUGACACAAAAAUCUGGUGAGGCUGAACUAUACCAGUAUCUGAAGAUUGCCUUUGAGUGCCUAGACGACAGGCCAUUCCGGCGGCCAACAAUGAUUCAGGUUAUGGCUAUGUUUAAAGAGCUUCAGGUUGAUUCGGACAGUGAUGUCCUGGAUGGUUUUUCACUCAAAGACACUGUUGCUGAGGAACCAUGAAAAAAUGAAACUUUGAAAUCCUGACAGUGGAUUCAAUCCUUCACAUUGUGCGGACUGUAUAUAAUAGAACACCGAAUCAGAGAGCAAAGUUGAAGAAAGGCAUGGAGAGAACAAAGUAAUGGAAGUCUUGUGUUAGCUCAACUGGGUAAAGUACAUAUUCUUUCAUUUUGGAGAUCAUGUCUAGCUAUAACUAAGACUUCACUGCAAAGAAACAUUGUUCCUUUCCAUUUUGGCUUAUGUUCCUCUCAUAGUUUUGCUAACUUCUGCUGUACCAUUGUCCAUCACAAUUGGUUUUCUGUUCAUAGAAAGCUGGGUCUGUGGGAACAAACAUUUUGUAAAGUUGUAGCAAUAGCAUCAUUGAGAAAUUGAAAUCA